CGACGGACCGACUGAGCUGAUGACUGUCCGCGAAACUGUUUCAACGACAAUGUCAAUCAAUCAGAACGCGGGCCAGUUUAAUAAACCAAAACAACAACUAGGUAAACAGGGCUCUACGGAACCGGUCAACUUUCCACCUCGUUAUCAUCCGCCUCCGCCAGCCGCUAGUGGCCCCAAACUAGCCACUGUCGACUCAGCCGCCAAGGAGUUUAAACCUCCUUAUACAGGAAAACCUAUCGAUCCAAAUAAAUACCCAUAUCCAGUUGGGGUGCACGGACCUAUCGCUGGACCUUACCCGAGCGGAUCGAUACCCUUCGUGAAAUAUCCCCAGGGAUAUCCUCAAGGAUACCCUCUGCCACCGGGAGCACUACGAGUGAUCCGCCCUCCAGCGGAAGUCAUAACGAAAGCUAUCGUCCACGAACCCGUAGAACCGACUGCAAGAGCGAGAAGUGCUGACGAUACCCAACGCGCGCAACGAAACUUAGAAGAAGAACAAAUACAUCGAAGAUCAGCUGACAUGCUUAAAUUUACAAAACGCGUAGAAAAUGAUGCGCCACGAAAUUCGACGGAUCAGAGAAGACAUAUUCAAACACUUUUGGAUGAAAUAAAAGCUUUAAAAGAAGCCAAUCGUCGCUUGAGUGAUGAUAAUCAGGAGUUACGUGAUUUGUGCUGUUUCUUGGACGAUGAUCGGCAGAAAGGGCGUAAACUGGCAAGAGAAUGGCAGCGAUUUGGAAGGUACACGGCGUCAGUGAUGCGUCAAGAAGUCUCGGCGUAUCAGAGCAAGCUGAGAGAAUUGGAUGAUAAGCAACAAGAAUUGAUUCGCGAUAAUUUGGAACUGAAAGAGUUGUGUUUAUACUUGGAUGAAGAACGCGAACGAACUGCUUGUACUAACUGUGGUAGAACACCAGGCCGUGAACGAGAUGAUGGAGAUGGCAGCAGCAGUGGCACGAAUGUUGAGGAAGGACCUAGAGCAGCACCAACAGUGCCUAUUACGCAUCCUCAACUUGCAGAGCGAACGGUUCAGUACGUUAGAGAUUUAGAACAGAAAGUAAGACGGUUGGAGGCUGAGAAAGGGGUAGGAAGUGGAAUGAAUGAACGUCCUGAGGCAGUGGUCAGAGCUUUGCAAGUAUUAGAAGUUAGAGAACGCGUGGAAAGAGAGCGAAGGCGACCAGCGCCAGACCUUGACUCGGGUGAGCAAGCUUUGGUUCGAGAGAUGUGUAAUGUGGUGUGGGGUAAACUAGAAGAUGCACCUCCACAGGCUCCACCACGUUAAAACUUUCCAACGAAAUUAUUUGUGAUAAGUAAUAACAUUGCGUUGUUGUCAGCAAGAGUAAAAAGUACAAGUAAACAAUAACCUACAUAAGUGUUGAUCAGUGUUGUUGGUUGUGAUUGGAAUGCGACUUGAUCGAGGUCAUAGCGUCAAGUCUCGUGACCUAAAGAGCGGAAUUAAGUGCUUGACCUUGUUUAUCAAACGAACAUAACUGAACUUUUGCUAGUUGGUAGUGAAACCUGAAGAAAUAUGUGUGAUGCUUACUUGCCAGCGAAAUGCUAUGUCCCCUUGUCAAAUAACAGAAGAAGAAACCGAAAAGUACAAAAUAGAAGUAUAAUUACUUUUAGAAGUAGCUAGUUAUGAAUUUUCGAUAUAAAUUGCAUUUAGAGUUUCAUAUUUCUUCUGAAUAGUAUUUAUUUUAAGAUGCCUGUUGCCUUCUUUUUUUAUUAAUAUUUUAUGGAUAAUCUAUUGUUUAACGAGGCUAUAAAAUAUUACUGUGUGUUGUCUGUGAUUGGCCGAAUUAUUUUUAAGCUGGUUAAUUGUCGUAUGAAAAUCUUUACCCCUAAUGUUCAAUUCAAAGAACUUCAAUAUUUAUUAAUGGCCCUUCUAGUCAGUGUGUGCUUUCAUCUUGCCGAUAUCCAAUAUUCUCUCCUGUUGUCUAAACUUUAUUUCCCAGCUUUGCUUUGUCUCCAACCUGUGUUUAAGUAUGCCUAUUAAUUUAUUGCAAACGAAUUUGUGAGAAUUAAAUAAAUUAUUCCUGUUUAAA